AUGUGGCCGUUCACGCAUUGCGGCCAAGACGGCUGCACUGCCCGCGACCCGAAUACCACCGACUCCAGGGCGCUGCUCGCCUUGCUUUGCUUGGCAGCAGCCUUCGUCGUCGUCCACAUUCUCGUCGUGCGCCACAUAUUCCCCAAACUGAGCCGUGCACACGAUGAAUUGCGCGACGGCGAAAACCACCAUCUCCCGGCGCAUGCCCCUUCCGCCUUGCGACAAGCCCACGCCGAACACGGCGCAAAGAGCUCGAGACGGAAAUUUGCAGCCUGGACUUUCGGCGCCACCGUCGCCCUGGCAUUCACGCUGGGCCUCAUCAUACUCGCCGAAAUACUCGAGGUUGUUGACCCUGCGGCGAGGAAUCUGGCCUUGCGCCUUACCGUCCCGGCUCUGCUUUUCCUGCUCAUCGUCCUGGUCCCGUGGUUGCAAUGCCGAGUCCUCAUCACCAGCGCGGGAUGGUCCUUCCAGCGCACGGCCAAGGGGUCCAUCCCCAAGAUGGCCUGGGCCUUGCGGUUCCUUCUCUUCGGCGCGUGGCUACUCACCUUCUGGUCUGUGGGCAAUACCGUGCCGGAAUCGGCCACCAAGGAGCUGUACGAGCGCGGCAUCAGCCGCCCGUACUCUGAGGCGUUGACAAAGGACUGUCUCGAGAGGGUCGGCGUCGUCGGAAUCUGCCUCAUGGCUCUGUUGGCCGGGUUCGCGUCCGUCUCCACGCCCUGGCACACCUUCGUGGACGCGGCGACCCGGAGGAGGCGACCCGUCACAGAGGCCGACGUGCACCGCAAACGCACCGGCCUAGAGGCCACCAGAGAGAUGCUCGCCUCGAAGCGCCACCAACUUCGGCAGCUGGAAAGAAGAGCCCAGAAUCCGGCCGCCGCCGCCGCCUCGCAAGGCCCGACGCGCCUCGUCGCCAAGGUGGUCGGAACGUUCCGCGGCAUCUCAAGCGACGAGGCCGAAAUGCGCGCACUGAGGGUCGACAUCUCCGGUCUGGAAACCAUGGAGGCGAACCUCGCGUCGAACCUGGCCAUGAUGCAAAACCACCGCGCCGCCACGGUCCGAGCCUCAACGGUCUGCGGCCGGAUCAUGCUGGUGCCCUCGCACGUCUUCGCGGGCUACUGCGUGUACCGAAUCCUCGCCACCGCCCUCACCACCUUUCGACGGAUCCAUUCUCCGUCGGCCACCUUCUCCAACAGCGACCCCAUCAACAGGUUCCUCGGGCUCAUGGCGCGGCACUGGGACCCGAAGCUGGACCAGCUCGCGUGGGCGAGGACCAUCAGCUUCGCCCUGAGCGGCGUCAUCCUGCUGGCCAGCGCAAACAGCGUCGUCCAGACGUUCCACCUCUUUGCCAAGUGGACGCCUGGCCUGCUGCGACAGGCGCAGGCGAACCUGGCUCUGGUAGUUGGACAAGUCACGGCCACAUAUGUCAUCUCGGCGUCGCUGUUGCUGAGAAGCCAAUUACCAGCCACGGCGGGAGCGGCCCUCACCGGCAUACUUCAAGGCGCCCUGAGUCCGUCCUUUGUGGACCACUGGUUUGAGAUGUGGUUCCUGCUGGGGAGCGUCUUGACCCUGCUCGGGGUCUGGAUGGGACGGAGGUUGUCCCGGGGCUUCGGCGACGAUGAGUGGGACGACUACGGAGCGGAAGAGAUGGGAGCGAAGCGGUCGUAG